AUGGGGAAUGUUGUCACUAUUUCCCAAAUUUUCCAGGGUAUUGGUGGCCUAAUAUCGUGGUUUCUGAGCUGGAAACGCAUACUGAGAGGGCUUUCCCCGCGGUCCGUACGUCGCUCCUUCUUGGAAUUUAAACGUGACUACGGCGCGUUUCGUGCGAUACUCCUGGUUUUCAUUUUCCCUGAUGUUCGCCAUGGACUUGAUCGUAUCCAGCGAGAAAUACUCGAUCCGCCUGUCGAUGGCGCCCUAGCUGCAGAGAAGGCGAUGAGUCUAAAGGAAUCUAUAUCUGAUCACUGUAUUACGCUUUGCGGUCCUGUAUGUGUAUCUUGUUCCCCUCUGCUGUCGUUGUUUCCUUUUCUUCUUCUACAUGGGCUGACAUGCGAUUCUGCAAAACAGGCAUGCUCCGUGGCACAAUUGUCUCUCUUGGGACUGUCGCUUCACAAUCUGAUUCUCCUACAUUGGGUAGCCGCGGCAGCCCUCGCCUUCAGCCUGACGACUGGCACGCUGUCCACCUUCCUGGCAUUUGUUUUACACCGGCAUGUUGACAGCCUUCUGGAGCCUUCUGACCUGAAGAAAUGGUUUGGCAGACCCGCCGACAAACGAGGGACCUCCGCGGAAGUUGACAGACUGGUCGGCGAAGACUCGACUCGCAGUCUCAAGCAUGAACAAGGUGGUGAAGCGACUUGCGGCACGAACUGCCCGGACCGCGAGGUGAGGGCCAAGGAACUGACGAAAAGCAUGCGUUGGAAGAACGUGUCGUUCCAUGCUGCUUUUAUGAUGAAAAUUCCGGCCGUAUUAUCGGUUUGGUCCUCGGGAGCGUUUCUUAUUGGGAUCGGAGUAUAUUUAGUGUCCUAUUGGGCUUCGAAUCCGGAAGCUCCUGCCUCUGGCACAGUAGAUGCUUCUCAGGGCGGAGGCAACUUUCUUGUCAUUCUUGUUGUGUAUAUUGUUGCCAUGGCUCUUGGUUUACUGCUGGUUUUGGUGCCAAGUGUUCUAAAGUAUAUACAGGAUGCACCAAUUCGACAACUCGAUGAGGUCGCGAACCCAAAGAAUGGUCGGUCGAAGCUAGACUUUGAAGAACGCUUUGGAGACUUUGAAGAAUACUUUGAAGACUCUGGAGAGCGCUUUAAAGACUUUAAAGAAUGUUGUAGAAACUUCAAACAAACCUUUCGGUGUUUUAAUGAACUCUAUGCAGACUUUGAAGAUGUCUUCUGGGAGUCGAUUGGGGAGCCGGAAAGUUCUGGAACACAGGCGGACGAGCACUCCAAUAUUCUUCUAAACGAUUCGGCAAUAAUUUCCGGAAAUACAACUGCCCGUGAAAAUACACAAACGCGAAAAUCCUGUCAAGAGGAGACUAGACAGGGGAACAGCAUUGCGAAGGAGGCCACUCAAUCGGAUGUCGAGGAGGACGAAGUCGGCACUGGCUACGCUUCUCCUGAAGAAGGACUAGGUCACUCGCAGGGACAGUUCCUCAGUUCGAUAUAUGGUAGUCAUGUCGAGCAACAGAUCUCAGAACUAAUGAAGUGCAGAAUGCAGCGGAUGAUAGGGGUCCAGGAGCGAAACAUCGCGCGCUUGCGACUAAUGCUACUGAAGGAGGAGUUAAAACAGAAGAAAACGGAAGCGCCUGUUUCUGCUUCAGUGUGCACCCCCGAAGGCUCAUCAUUUCCCAAUCAGGAGUAUUGA